AUGUCUGGUCAUAUAUCAUCAGAGCAUUCCCGCUCUGCUUCACGAUCCUCUCAGACCCCCCGUCUAUCGCAGAGCGACUCGAUGCCUCGCCAUUCCUUCGGUCGCAACUCCCGGGUCUCUAAUCCUAAUGUUUUCGCCGACGAAUACUCAUUAGAACCGAUUGACGCCGAUCGAAUCGAACGCCCUCACAGUCCCUCCUCCAUCGCCUCGUCAGCCACUUUACGCGAAAACAACCAGCCUCCAAAGGCUGUCAGCACGGCUACAACCGAGAAUGAGAACCCUUUCGGUGAUGACGCCCGGCUGUCCUUUGAUGAACCUCAUCGGUCCAGUCUGCCCCAAAAGGGGUGGGGAUUCGCCAACAACCGUAACUCUACCUCCUCUAUAAACACAACGCCAUCUAUGAUCCAGCGAAACCAAAGUGUUUCUUCUCGCUUCUCGAUUCCCCGUGCCCUCAGUCCCUACACCGGAGCCACCGGACCUAGUCAUCCAUAUGGCAUGUAUCCGCAGGUUGGUGUUAGCCGGUCGCCAAGUGUCGGUAGUACAUCGACAAUACGCCCUGUCGAACGGCCGAUCGAACAUUCCACCGGUCCUCAACACCCCUAUGCGAUGUACUCACAAAAUGUGGUCGAGGAAGGAAUUGAUGAUUCCCCCAUUCCGGUCGGAUUUCCAGGUCACAACCCACCAUAUCAGCCGCCCGCUGGUCGACAGGAUGAUGAUGUAGGUGACAUAAUUGGACCUGACGGCCACACCGAGCCACUUCCGCCCUACUCACGGUAUCCAACGGGUGUCAUUCCAAAGCCACCAGGAGCCGAGACGAUGGCUGACCUCAACACACCACCUGAAGAGCACCGUCUGAACAAUGAAGCGGUCAUCAGCAAUGAUGCAGGAAGAGAGCCACCAGUCUCAGAAACAUCAUCAAGGCCUUUGGUACCAGAACCUUCUGGGGAUGGUAACAAUGAUCGCAACGGAGGAGAAAGAGCAGCGGUGACCACCGGCAUCAUGGCGUUUGAGGAAAAGUUAAAACGCAAAGGAAAGCAGACCGCAUGCUGUGGUCUUCCUGUAUGGACGUUGGUCCUCAUCGCGACGGUGCUGCUGAUCGGAGGUUGCAUUGGAGGUGUUAUUGGAGGAGUCCUGGGAACCAAGAGGGCUGCAGAAGCCGGCAAAGCUGACGAAGAAGCUCAAAAGUCCCAUGGUCCACCCAUUGUGACGGUCACUGCAACUCCCCAGAUGGAUGCAUCCAUGAUCUCUACGCCGACCAAUAUCAAAAGUGUUCCUACCGGUCACUUUAUGGUCCCCUCUGGCUUCCAGAACGGGUCAGGAAUGUGCGUGGAUGAGAAUAACUACGGGAAAGCUUGGAAAUGUUUGCAAUCACCGAGUGAAUUUGAAGUCUUCGUUGGUCAAACAAAAGGUCACCACUCUAUUGUGUUUGAUUACGGCGCUCCUACUACAACUUUCACCUAUGGCGCCCAGGCCCCCUAUUGGUCUUCUUCUCCUACACAAGCAUUGAGCAUGGCUGUUGAUACCACUGAUAUUGGCAUGGGCCCAGCUCUCUUUUUCGUUUCUGCGUUCGACAAAUUGGUAAUUGUCCCAGAGGACACAUUUUCUGUCAGUUCCAUUACCAAGCGGACGUUCGUCGACGAUGAUUGGGCACAGGCAGAGGCCUACAGGAACCUCAAGAACACUGCUCAAGUAGGAGACAAACCUUGGUUCUGCUGGUGGAACAAUACGAGGAUGGAAUUCUUCAUGUAUGUCAACCAAUCGAUUGCGGACUCGACAUCAAGCACCACAACUGCAUUAGCCGAUAGCAGCAUGGCCGCAAGCACGGCGGGCACACAUCAAGACUCGAAACGUGGUUCCGAUCUUUCAGACUACCCUCGGAGGAUCAAAAUGGAGGAGCGCCGAGACGACCCAACACGUGAAAAUCCCUAUUGUCAACAGAUGCAGAUUCGCAACGAUGGCGGCCUUGCGCUUCUCUCUGGAAUGAUUGUGAACAUCAAAGAGAAUGAGCCUACGCCGACGACAACCUAUACCAGUUACAAUGGUGGCACUGUGCAGACAUACACAGCUCAAGCAUCAUAUGUUAGCCCAUGCUACUGUAUAUCUCUGACCGACUGA